CCUCAUGUAACAUUAACCAUCAUGGUUUCAUGUGGUCCAAAAUCAACCAUCCGGAAGAAGCUUCAGCAACAUACAUCUGAAUACUUCUAUGAUUCUGAAAUACAUCAUAAAACAUCUGUAGCUGUUUGGGGACCUCAGGAGAGCGUGUUCCUCUGGGUUCGGCCCGUGGGGGUUUAGAUCUGGACUCUGAUGUUUGGUCUUUGCAGGUUUGUCUCUGAGGAAACAAGGAAGCACCGUUUCUAUUCUUCAAAAACAAAAUAUCACAUCUGCUUUUGAGGAAGAAUUCAGUUGCAGUGCAAGAGAAGAGGGGGCUUCACCACCAUGAUGGGAGGACUCGCUCUUCUGCUUCUUUUAGGAACACUGUACCCGAUUGAAGCUGCAGAGGUUCAACAGGUCUCUUUGAUGGAGGCUGAACUUGGUGGAAAUGUUACGUUUCAGUGUCCAGUUUCUGAGAAGGAAAAAAAUAUAUUGUACUGGUACAAGCAGCCUCUUGGAUGUACGAUCCAAACUGUUGCUACAAGAUUUUUCACCAAACAAACAUUUCGUCCACAAUUUAACAACUCACGUUUCAGAGUCACUCAGGAUUCUUUGACCAUCAUGAAUAUCAGCAAAGAGGACGAAGCGACUUACUUCUGUUUCACUGGAUCACAAUUUUCACAUCGUUUUGUUGAUGGCACCUUCUUGGCUGUGAAAGAUGGAAGUCUGCAGAAAUCCUUCCACGUGGAACAAAGUCCGGAGGCUGAGUCCGUCCUGCCGGGCGACUCGGUGACCCUCCAGUGUUCUCUUGUCUCCAGGGACAAAGAGGACGGGGUCCAGUGUCCACACGGACACAGGGUGUUCUGGUUCAGAUCAGGAGGAUCCCAUCCAGGCUUGAUGUACACUCAGGAUACACAACCGGGGAACACAAGUUGUGUCUAUCGUCUGGCCAAAAGGAUCCGGAACUCCUCUGAUGUUGGGACUUACCGCUGUGCCGUGGCCUCAUGCGGACAGAUCCUGUUUGGUGGAGGAACCAAAGUGGACACAAACGGGUUCUGGUCCUUUGGUGACGUAUUUCUGGGUUCUGUCGUGGUUCUUAGUUUGAAUGUUGCAGCCGUUCUCAUUUACGUCAUCAAGACAAAUAAGUGUGAUUAUUGCAAUAAUGAAGCGGCUGCUUCUCUGCUAGAAAAUGUUGCAAAGGGGAAUUUCAAGAGGAAUGAAGACGCGUGGACUUAUUCUACUGCCGUCUUCACCGUGAUGAAGUCAGGUGGAAGGAGGCGCUCAGAGGGAGCGCAGAGGGAGAACAUCCACGCUGCUGCCAAGGCCUCCGGGUCGGAUUAGCAUGUUUCCUGGACUCAGUGAGAUCAGCUGGUAGCGUGUGUGAUGGAAGUCCAAAGGCUGUUGUAUGUGGCCGAGAGGCCGUGAUGACAUGUGAUGUGUUCUGCUCACCGCUUUGGGACUAAUAGAGGAUUACCUCAUGCUUCCAUGUAGCACUAGUUGCUUUGUGUUACACUAUGAUGCAAAGAUUAAUCUCAGACGCUGUUACACUGACUUUACUCUCACAGCCUCUUUCUGUCUGCCACCGUGUGCAAAGGCCACAUUUAGAGAGCCUGUAGGAGGCACCAAGUGUGCGUUUUAAAGAGAACCAUCUGCAUUGUCACCAUUUCUAUGCUCCAUAUUUUGAUGUAAACUUACAGCUGCAUUAGAUGUUGGACCCCUUUAAUGCAAAAUAUAUAUAAAGGAUUAAGUUAUCCAUUUCUGCAUAAUGCUCUCUGGCUAAUUAACUAGUCGUACCACAGUGGCUGUUGAAAGGUUCUCUCCUGCUUCUCAUUAAGCUGUUCUCACUCAAAGUUAAUCAACAAAUGGGAUUAAAGUUGUGCUUCUAAACUGGAAA